AUGAAAGUCUCACCGGCUUUUUCGGCGAUGCGUGAAACCGACGAUUAUUCGAUGGACGAAGGCGGACGGGAAGGUCCGAAGGAAGUCUCUCAACACGCCGAUGUCCAAGUUUCCAAGGUGGAAAUAGUCAUUUUUUCAUUUUUGAGCUUCUUUUCGAGAUUUUUUUAAUAUUUUCACUAAGAAAGGUGCAAAAAAGCACCGAAAAAAGUGGAUUUUUCUCGUGUUUUUUUUGACUUUAACUCGCAAAAUUUUUCAACCAAAACUGUUUUUAAUACUGAUUUUCAUCAUAAUUAUAAGAUAUGUAGUAGUAGUUGGUUCACAAAAAAAACUAUAAUUAGACAAAAAAAAAUUUUUUUCCGGAAUUUGACCAGUCACGACGUGUUUUUUUCUACAGUGCUUGAAUGAAAAAUCGAAAUUUCGUAAAUGUUAAAAUGACUAUUAGAGAUAAUUUUCUCCAUUAAAAAAAGCCUUGAAUAUACUCUUUUUCUCUAGGUUCUCUUCCCGAACAACGAUCCCUCGUGGGUCCCUUGAUUGGGUCAAAAGUUGGGAUUUUGAACAUUUUACAGUCCAUCUAAGAGCAUCAACCUUUCUUCUUAAGUAUUUUGAAAAUAUUCUCUCUUUCUCUAGGCUCUCUUCCAAAACAACGAUCCCUCGUGGGUCCUUUGAUUAGGUCAAAAUUUGAGAUUUCUAACAUUUUUUUACAGUACAUUUAAGAUCAUCUACAUUUAUUAUGAGAAUUUCAUGGAAUUUUCUCUUUUUCUCUAGGUCCUCUUCACAAAUAACGAUCCCUCGUGGGUCCCUUGAUUGCGUCAAAACUUGGGAUUUUGAACAUUUUACAGUCCAUCUUAGAGCAUCUACAUUUAUUCAAUUCAAUAUUUCUUGAUUGUUUUGAAAAUAUUCUCUUUUUCUCUAGGUUCUCUUCCUAAACAACGAUCCCUUGUGGGUCCUUAAUUAGGCCAAAACUUGCGUUUUUUAAAAUUUUUUGCAUUCCAUUUGAGAGCAUCUAAAUUUAUUCAUGAAAAUUCAUGGAACAUUUUUUUUCUCUAGACUCUCUUCCCGAACAACGAUCCCUCGCCGAUCCUCUGGUUAGGUAAAAAAAUUUUGAUUUUUUUAAAAAUUUUUUUGCAGUCCAUUUGAGAGCAUCUAAAUUUAUUCAUGAAAAUUCAUGGAACAUUUUUUUCUCUAGACUCUCUUCCCGAACAACGAUCCCUCGCCGGUCCUCUGGUUGGGCCAUAAUUUGGGAUUUUUAAAGCAUUUUUUUACAGUUUUAUAAAAUAAAUCAAACUUUCAUAAAAGUUAAAAGACCGUUUGAAAGCUUUUUUUCAUUUAAAAAAAAAAACCCUGAAUAUUCUCUUUUUCUCUAGGCCCUCUCCCCAAACAACGAUCCCUCGACGGUCCUCUGGUUGGGUCAAAAUUUUUGAUUUUUUAACAUUUUUUUACAGUCCAUUUAAGAGCAUCUACCUUUUCCCUUGAAUAUUUUGGGAAUAUUCUCUCUUUCUCUAGGUCCUCUUCCCGAACAACGAUCUCUCAUCGGUCCUCUGGUUGGGUCGAAAUUUGAGAUUUUUUAACAUUUUUACAGUCCUUCUAAGAACAACUAUAGUCGAUGUGCCACGGCUUGAAAUUUCAUGGAACGACACUCCGUUGGGUGGCCGUGAAAGCGCCUUGCCUUUGCGAAUUUCGGUCGCGCAAUCCAUUUUUUUAUUCGAAAUUUUUCAUUAUUUUUAAUUAUGUUGCAAUAGUUUUUCUUCGUGCCAAACUCAUAAUUAUCUUUUUCUAGUGGAUAGACUGUUUUUCAUUGAUUAAAAAUAAAGUAGAGUAAUUUUUUCGAAUUUUUAAGCGAAAAUGCGUUUAUAAUAUUUGAAAGUUUUUUUCAUGAGACGGUCUUUGGUUUUUGUUCAAUAUAUUCCGUUAUUUUUACCUUCAUUGAGCCUUUAUCGAAAUUUCUUUUUUUCAUUUCAAUAAUGUAAAAAAAUAUCCCAAUCAGAAAUAAAAUACACAGUGAGAUUUUAAAAAAAAUGAAUGUUUCUACAUUGACGAAUUUUUAUUUAAAAAAAACAGAUACAUAAGUUCAAAAAAAAAUUAUUAGUUUUCUGGACAUUUCGUUCAGCACAUCGUUUCCACUGUUCCAUGUGCUCACUGUUCACGCCCCAUUUCUGACGCAUAGUUCAGCAAUACGAUUUAUCUAAAGCUCCAUUUAAAAAAAAGAACGAAAACAUUUCUUCAAAUUAUGUUGCAUGUGCUCAUGGAAGUACACGUCUUCAUUUUAUAAGGCGCUCACUUUCUGAAAAAAACAAUUAACGACUGCAAACAGAAAAAAAAACGAUGAAAACAUUAAAACAUGGCCAUAAAAAAAACACAGAAACUUUUGUAGAAUAUUGUGGCGUUUACGGCCUGUUUCACCCGCAAAUCUUUUUGGUAAAACUUUGAAAACUUUUUUGAGAAACGAGAAAAACAAUAUUAAAGAGAUUGCCGAAUACAUGAAGUUUUUCAAAAUUUUUUUUAAUCGCUUUUUUCGAGAAACAUCAUGAAAUUUACUGUGUUCUUUCUUUUACAUUUUUACAACGCAAUCCUUUUCAACGAUAAUAUUACAUUUUAAUGAAAUAAAACAAUAAAAAAAAGCGAUCGAAAUUAGAAUGAAAACCAAAAAAAAGUUAGCGUGGCCGAAGUUGGCGAAUUCGCAAGAUGCGCGCUACCGCACAAAUGGAAACAGCGGAGUGUCGUUCCAUGAAAUUUCAACUUGUGGCACAUCGACUAUACCUUGAAUAUUUUGGGAAUAUUUUCUCUUUCUCUAGGUCCUCUUCCCGAACAACGAUCCAUCGACGGUCCUGUGGUUGGGCCAGACGCAAGGGCGCUGCAUCGGCCUCUGGCGCCGCGAUUUCGAGGCCCGCACGUCUUUUGAUCCAUUCCGAGUCGUCAGUGUGAAAAAUGUCGACGUUGACCCGAUGGACGCCUGGUUUGUUUCGAAAUUGUUGUAUUGAAAUGGAUUUUUGUAUUUUUUGAUACAAUGAAAGAAAUUUUUUUCGGGAUUUUUUGACUUUUUUGUAAAAUGGAACGUUUUGUAGUUGUAUUUUUGACACUAAGAAGUACUAUGACGUCAUUUUUUUGACUUUUUUUCAUUUUUCCCAGAGCUCUUUUUUUCCGAAAUUUUUUUCAUCAUUUAAGCUCAAAAAAAUGUUUUUUGAUUUUUUUCAAAAUUUUUCAACCCUUUUUACACCUAUUUUCACUACGAAUCUUGAUUUUUCCAGUUCCUGUGCUCCAAAUAUUUCCUGCGUCAGCUUUCUCGACGGAUCUUUGGCCGUUUUGAACACGAAAAACGACGAUAUUUCAUUGGUUUUUUUAUUAAUUUUUUUCAUCAAAGAUUCAAUUUUUUUCAAAAUUUAAGGUCAAAAAAAUCGAAUCCAUUCACGAUGGCUGUGAAUCCAGGGCCGUUUGUACGUAUGGAUCCUCGAUUUUUGAGGUUUUUUUGAAAAAUUUUUUUGGAUUUUUAAGGAAUUUUUUUCCAGUGCUUCUUCCAAUGGAAACUUGGAACGCGUGGAUUUGGAAACGGGCCAAUCGACGACUGUUGUUACGGUAAUUUUAUAUUUUUUAAUGAAAAUAAGUCAUAUUUUUGUGAAGGAAAACUGUGAAUUUCCCAUGUUUUUUUCGAAUUUUUUUAAAAUUUUUUUCAAAGUUCAAGGUCGAAAUUUCCUCUAAAAAAAUUUUUUUAAGGCAUGUUUUUAUAGUAAUUUAUUAUAAUUUUGUCUGAAAAAGAGUCUUAUUUUUUUAAAGAAAAACCAUGAAAAAAAUUCAAUUUUUUUCAUCAUUUUUUUCGUUAUUAAAAUUGAAUUUUUUUCAUUUUUUUCCAAAUCUUCAUUUUUUUCCACAGAAAAUCAUAAAUUUUUGAUAUUUUUUUGUGAUGAUUUUUGAUUUUAGGAGUAGACUUCGGAGUUUACGGUCAGAAAAUGAAGAAUAUGAUUUAAAAAAAAAAUUUUAUUUUUUUCGAAAACAUUUUUUCAGAGUAGGUUUGACUUUACUGGAAAGAAAAAAUUUGGAUUUUUUUUUUGGAUUCUCCAAUAAUAAAAAAAUGUUCAGGGACAAUCUGGCCUGAGAUCGGUCUGCACAGCUCCCGGCGGUCAUUUGGUCUUCACGGGAAGUUCCACGGGACAGUUGGGCAUUUGGGACCUUCGACAGGCCAAUGAUGAAGGUGAUUAGUCGGGUCAUAUCGAUUGAUUAUUGUCAACCGGUUCAAAAAAGGAAAAAUCACGAAAAAUAAGAUAUUUAGACGGUUUAUUAUGAGAAUUUUUGCAUCAAAAAAAUUUUCAUUGACGUCGGUUUUUGGAAUUUGUGAAAAAAAUGAAUUAUAGAAUAUAUUUGAAAAAAAGGCCUGAUUUUUUUGAGUCGCGAUUUGUUUCAAAUUUUUUUCAAGGCUAUCGGACUACGACAAUAUUGCGAUCAUUGUAGUUGGCAAACAUUUGAAAAAAAAAAUUUAAAAAAAAACCCAAUAAUCUGGCGAAAUUGCAGCUCCCAAAAAUAAGAUCUCAAGAAACUUGCAGCUUCCAAAAAUCGAAUAGUAGCAACUUGCAGCCCCCAAAAUUAAAAAUUUUAGCGAUUUGCGACUCCCAAAAAAAAUAUAUAUGUAACUUGCAGCUCCCAAAAAAAUUGAAGCAAUUCGCAGCUCCCAAAAAAAUUAAAAAUUGAAGCAACUUGCAGCUCCCAAAGUCAAAAGUUUGAGCAAUUUUCACCCCCCAAAAAUGAGAUUUGAAGGAACUUGCAGCCCCCGAAAACAAAAAUUCAAGCAACUUGCAGCUCCCAAAAAAAAAUUUAACUCAAAAUUUAAAGAUAUGAAAAACAGAACUGACCGACAAGAUUACAGAAAAAAAGAGAACGAAGAGAAAAAAACCGGCUCAAUUUUUGUUGAAUUUUAAUUUUAAAAUUGUUUUCGAGCGCAUUUUAAAACUGUCAAAUCGGCAAAAAAAACUUUUAAAAUCUUUUUCAUCUGGAUUAUUAAUUUAAUCUCUUCAUCUUGAGGUCAAUGCACGGCUUACAAUAUUCUGGUCCCUUCGAAAAAGCCGCUCGACGGCGUAACGGCCCUUUGUUCACACCCGGCUCAGUCGAACUUGGUUCGAAAUCUCUCCAAGUGACCCCUCAAGUGUUUUUUUUCAGCUCUGCUGCGGAACCAACGAAGGUCUCAUCGGCUUCAUCGACAUCCGAAAUGGAGCCGAUGCCGUGAUUUCCGGCACCUAUGUUCUUUCGCCAAAGACGAUUACCCAGGUAGAUUUAUUUUCGAGUGGUUUAGUGGCUUUAGAGCUUUGGCUAGGCUCGAAGGGUCGCUGGUUCGACUCCUGGAAGUGGCGAAAUUAGGAAUUUUUUAGAAUAAAAAAGAUUUUGUCAAUGGAAUACAGUGUUAUAGUCUUUCUGAACUUUUCGGGACAAAAUUUGAAUAUUUGAGCCUUUGCGGAUUUUCCUGUAGAUAAGUAUAGCCACCAUGCUUAAGCAUAGCAAAAUGCGGAACUCUCACGCGAAGUUUUCCAAGCUUCUAUUCAACCUUAUAGUAGAGGCAUGAGGACUAUAAGAAGAUUUGGAAUGAGGAAACUCCACGGGAACACUUAAGAGACGCUAAUUCUGCUUAAGUGAUCACUGAAAGCCUCGAAAUUGUUUGAAUGACAUGUAAGAUAGCUAAAAUUACACCAUGAUCAGUCAAUGAAGUUUUAUAGAAAAAAGUAGAUUUUCUUUGACCUCAGACACGUUGGUCGCAUUUGGAAUGGCUCGCGUUGAGGCGCUCUGAUAAUCUCAAGUCGUUUUGAGUCGGGCGCGCUUUGCAUUUAUAUUUUUUUCAAUUUUCGCUGUUUUUAGUUGAUUCUAUCUGUCAUAAACAAGGAAAAAAGCUUUCAAAGUUUCAAAAGGAUUUUUUUUAAGUUUGAAAAAAAGAACAAGUCGUUUUAAGUCGGGCGCGCUUUGGAGCCAUUUCAAAUGCGACCACUAUUACAUUUUUCGAAAAUAGCAGGUUUUGGUUAUUUCUUUUGGCUGAAUACACUGAAAAGGGCUAUCAAAAAAAUUCAAAAAGACCCUCUCAAAUUUUUAAAAAAAAGCGACAAGUCGUUUUUGAGUCGGGCGCGCUUUGGAGCCAUUUCAAAUGCGACCACUAUUACAUUUUUCGAAAAUAGCAGGUUUUGGUUAUUUCUUUUGGCUGAAUACACUGAAAAGGGCUAUCAAAAAUUCAAAAAGACCCUCUCAAAUUUUAAAAAAAGCGACAAGUCGUUUUGAGUCGGGCGCACUAUGGAGCUUUUCGAUGAAACUAUUUUUUAUUUUUCUUCGAUUUUUAGUUGAUUUUUCCUGUCGAAAACACUGAAAAAAAGGCUUGAAAAGUUUUUAAAUGAUCAUUUUUUUAACGUUUAAAAUAGGACAAGUCGUUUUGAGUCGGGCGCGCUUUGGAGCCUUUCUCGAUUAUGGCUUUUUUUUUCAUUUUUCUCUUAUUUUAGUUGAAUUUAUCGGUUUUAAACACUGAGAAGGGCUUUUAAUACAAAAGUUUAACAAUAAAACUGAAAAAGCCUUUUUGAGUCGGGCGCACUUUGGAGCCAAUCCAAUUGCAGAUUUUUCGAUUUUCUCUAAUUUUUAGUUGAUUUUUUUAAGGUCUCUUUCCAUCCGUCGAGUCCCGAUAAUUUGCUCUGCUCGUCGGCCGACGGAUCUUUGCUCCGACUUGACGCCACUGCAGUCACUUCGGCGUUCGUUUUUCGCCUCUUCAUAGCCUUCUGAUUGGACUAUCCACCUAAACGGGCCAUUUCAGGGCGGUCAACGGGCAGUCGCGGAGCAACGUCUGGCUGACGGGCUCCGAGCUCGCCCACUCGCUACGUAUCGAGCCGCUGCGCAACGCCGCGCAGUCCUCUGUGACGUCAUUCGCUUGCCAAGGUGACGUCAUCGUCGCCUCGACGUCACUCGGCGUCAUCCAUUCCUACGAGAAACUCCCGUUUUUCCCGGCCCUCACUUCGACUUUCGCCUGA